AUGAAAACGCAAUUUGCAUUAACGUCUACUUUUCUUUUAGUGUGCGAUAUCAUAAAAUGUACUGAGAUUGAAAAUGUUAUCAAUGAAAACUCUGCUAUAUCUAGAGUACACAAAAAAUCGACAUCUUACAUUGACCUAUUGAUAGAUGAUUUACUAGAUCAAGAAUGGGAUGAGAGUGAAAAAUCGUGCUAUGAUCAGACUCUAACAAUUCUGACGAAUGCUAGAAACUCUACGCUAUGGGCCAUGUGGAUUUGGGAUAGUAUCCAAUUUCCCACUGGUCAAUUCUACGGAGCUCAGAAUCAUUUAGGUAACUUCGAUCAGUGCCUGCGUAGAGAGUGGGCAAACCAUGAUUCAAUUCUCACACAGUACUGCCUCGUUGACAUCACACUGGCAGAUAAGGAAGUUGACAAAAAAAUUACCGACUUAAAUCCAUAUGAUAGAGCUGAAAGAUAUUUUCAAAUCAAAACUGAAUAUAAUUUAAGAUUUAAUAUUCUGUCCUGGGGCGUGUGCAUGUCAAAGACCUGCCAAGCGCAGUCAGUUGGCAGAUUCGUCCGCACGUUACUAAGGAUCAGUCACUUGGGAACAAUCAAUUCCAACCCUAAAGUUGUGGUUGGAAAUUGCCAAAUUACACAAACUCCACCAGCAAAUAGAACAGGACUGUUACUACUCAUAUUGGGUGCAGUUGUACUGACGGUUAUUGCGUGCGCAUUUACAUUUUUUACAAGGAAGCAUCGAGAAUCAAAAUCAAACCGAAUUGUAAUGAAGAUUGUCAGCGCAUUCGACCUCAACAGCAAUGCAGCAAACCUCGUAUCCACGGGCAUAGAUGAAAUCAAUGUGAUGCAUGGUAUCCGAUUUUUAUCGACUUGCAUCGUUGUGUUUCUUCACGUGAUGUCUAUUUAUAUAAUAGCCAGAGCUGGAAAUGCCUUAGACAUGAAUGACACGUGGAGGAAUAGGCUAAUAUGGGUCUAUAUUGUCACAAUCUUAAUAUCUGUCACUGCUUCAUCUUACCUUUACGGUGGUCCAUUAUGGUUUAAAUACGCAAAGGUGGAGCAGGAUGUAUGCAAGAAAAAUUGGUGGGUGGGAUUGCUAAUGUUGGGCAACUACAUCGACUCAUCAAAUAUUUGCAUUUUAGUAACGUGGUACGUACCAGCCGAUUAUCACUUGACUGCGGUUAGUACUGUUAUGUAUUGGCUGUACCAGAAAAACCUUCGGGGUGGUCAGUACUUAUUUGGAAUUGUUACAAUCGUUUCAAUAAUACUACCUGGGCUCAACACGUACUUAAAACAGCUGCAUCCUAUAACCGUAUUUGAUUUUGAGACAAUUGAAGAUAUUCGUAAAUACAUAGGGGGCUCACCGAUUUAUGUACAGAGUCACUUGCGAGCAUCUUCUUACUUCGUAGGUGUAACAGCAGGUUACAUCAUCUCCGUUUAUAAGCCAACCAGCUACAGAAACGUACUACCAUUGAAAUAUUCAAUACUUAGUUUCAUCACAAUUAUGGCGCUAUCUGUAACAAUAUUGGUCAUGGGGCCAGCGUAUCGAUUCCGUGAAUACAAUGUCAUAGAAUCUUCAUUCUUUGCCGCAUUUAAUAGACCCAUUUGGGCUGGUCUUAUGGCAGCGUUUAUAUUACUAUGCGAAUACGGAACCUUACCUUACAUUACGGAAUUCUUAAGCUGGUCGGCAUUCGUGCCCCUAAGUAAGCUCUCCUACGGGAUCUACAUGUGCCAUUUCUUCUUCGUUAUGAGGCUAACGCUAAAUUUGCGUAGUCCGGUGUGGUAUGACUUCUUCAAAGUUCUACAAGAUUCGAAGGGCAGUGUUGUGAUAUCUUGUCUGCUGAGUUUGUAUAUAGCAUUGUUUAUUGAGUCGCCAUUAAACAAUUUAGUGGCUCUUGUACUGAGAACUAAGCCACCAAAACCGGUAAAAAUUAAUACUGACAACAGCGACACGGCGACUCAUAAAAUUGAUUAA